GGGUUGCUGACAAUGACAAACAACCUGAAAAGGAGAAUGUUACGAAAACAGAGACUUCCACUCCUAGACCUCUCUGGACUUGUGUAGUCGCCCGUUGGACUCGGCCGUUACUCUUCUUCAUGCCAUCACACAUCUCUCCCUGAGUCCCUGUCGGCUAUCGCUUUCACAUACCCUGUCCCAAGUUCCAAGCGAGAGCAACCAGACCAGAAGCAAUGGAGGCGGCGGCGAAGAGCGUGUGCGUGACCGGCGCGGGCGGCUUCGUCGCGUCGUGGCUCGUGAAGCUCCUCCUCUCCCGGGGCCACUAUACUGUCCGCGGCACCGUGCGCGACCCUGGUGCUAGCAAGAAUGCUCAUCUCAAGGUGCUGGAAGGUGCUGAAAAAAGGUUGCAACUUCUCAAAGCUGAUUUGUUGGACUACAACAGCGUUGCAUCAGCAGUUUCCGGCUGCGUGGGUGUCUUCCAUGUAGCUAGCCCUGUUCCCUCUGGUCGAUCCUCCAACCCUGAGGUGGAGGUCAUAGGUCCUGCUGUCACAGGCACUGCCAAUGUGUUAAAGGCUUGCUAUGAGGCGAAAGUUGGGCGAGUUGUGGUAGUGUCUUCUAUUUCAGCUGUGUCCAAUAAUCCUAACUGGCCUAAGGGCAAGGCCUUUGAUGAAGACAGCUGGUCAGAUGAGGAGUACUGCAGGAAGAAUGAGGACUGGUAUAACCUUUCCAAAACUCUGGCAGAACGUGAGGCCUUUGCUUAUGCAGGAAAAACGGGGCUGGAUAUUGUAACCAUUUGCCCGUCAUUGGUACUUGGACCCUUGAUGCAGUCUACAAUAAAUGCAAGCAGUAAAAUCCUCCUUAAUUAUUUAAAAGGAGAUCGUGACACUGUUGAAAAUAAACUCAGAAAUAUUGUGGAUGUUCGUGAUGUUGCUGAUGCUCUUCUUCUAGCAUACGAAAAACCAGAGGCAUCUGGAAGAUACAUCUGCAGUUCACAUCCAAUAAAAGUUUCUGACAUGAUAAACAUAUUGAAGAACUUAUAUCCAACUUACCCUUAUCCCAAAAAUUUUAUGGAAGUGGAAGAGAACACGGUGAACAAUUCUGAGAAACUUCAGAAGCUAGGAUGGACCUUCAGGCCUAUAGAGGAAACCCUCCGUGACAGCGUCGAAUCCUACAAAGCAUUUGGCCUCCUGAAUUGAGGAUCCAAUUUGGGCUGUUUUGUCUGCUGUUACCUCCAAACUCUUGCUAAAUAAUGAUGUUUAGGGACAGUGAAAAAGCAGCUCCAACAGUCCAAUCCCUCUCUGAUUCAUGUAAACAGUGAAACAGAACCUGUUGUUUGUAACGGAUUGAAUAAGGGAAUCACGAGGGAACAAGAGGUUUAGCGCUGUAUUUUUCAGCCUGUUUUA